CUGCUUUCUUCUUUGAGGACGCCCUGUCAGAAGCAGGCGUGCUCAUCCCCGUGGCGCGUGGCUUUUUCCCGACUGCACAGUCCUCUGAGCUGAAUGAGCCUUUGCUGUCCCAUCGCAAGCACCCCCACCACACUCUGCUUUCACACUUCGACAUUACAUAUUGUAUAGAAUUUUUUAUUUUUUUAUUUUUUUCGAAUGGAACUAAAUAGGUAUAUAUCUAAUUUAUAGUUUAAAAAAACAAAUCUCCCACACCCUUCAAAAAUGCUGUCUGCUCUGUCGCGAUGCACGUUCCUAUUGGAUCCGAUCAAAUGGAAUCUGUUUCGUACCACUUCCAGAUCCACAGUGAGGAUGGCCACCAUGAUGCGACGCUGCCCGUUCCUGGCGAGGGUGCCGCAGGCAUUCUUGCAGCGCGCCGGCAUGUCCCUGCUGACCUACGCAGAGCGCUGCCCUGUCAUGAUGGAGGGUCUGGGCCCCGUGCGCACGCUGUCCACCUCUGCCAGCGUGCCCAGUGCUCAAGGCAAGCAUCCCGGCAACGAAGAGCUGGCGACGUCAUCCAAGUGCCCUUUCUUGGCGGGCGAGGUGAGCCGUGGCCCAGACGGUGUGGUGAAGCACGCCAGCUAUGUUGUGCAGGAAGACGUUGCUGAGAUGCAGGCUGUGCGCAAGGAAGUCGCUGAAGGCAAGACCCCCGUGAACCCCACCGUGAUCAACAUCCGCCGUGAAGACUUCCAGGCAGAACGUCCUGGUUUGGUGCAGGCCGUUCGUAGUGCCGGCCUGAGCCCCGGCAACAAUACGCCAAUGACCCACGGCAUCUCUGACAACAUGCCCAAGGGCCUCUCGGUGUUCGACUACGACAAGUUCUUCACGGGCAAGAUCGAGGUGAAGCUGCGCGACCACACCUACCGCAUGUUCAAGACGGUGAACCGGCGCGCCGACAGCUUCCCCUACGCGCACGACUUCACCGAUUCGCUGAGCGAGGCCAAGGAGGUGUCUGUGUGGUGCAGCAACGACUACCUGGGCAUGAGCCGCCACCCCCGCGUCGUAGGCGGCAUCAUGGAAACGCUGAAGAUGCAUGGCGCCGGCGCUGGAGGCACCCGUAACAUCUCGGGCACGAGCCGCUUCCAUGUCGAGUUGGAGAAGGAGCUGGCAAGCCUGCACGGCAAGGACGCCGCGCUCCUCUUCACCUCGUGCUUUGUUGCCAACGACUCCACCCUCUUCACCCUCGCCAAGAUGCUACCUGGCUGCGAGAUCUACUCGGACGCAGGGAACCACGCGUCCAUGAUCAUGGGCAUUCGCAACAGCCACGUGCCCAAGUUUGUCUUCCGCCACAACGACCCGGUGCACCUCGAGGAGGUGCUGAAGCGCUCUGACCCCUCCACGCCGAAGAUCGUCGCCUUCGAGACCGUGCACUCCAUGGACGGUGCCGUGUGCCCCCUGGAGGAGAUGUGUGACAUUGCUCACAAGUACGGCGCCAUCACCUUCGUGGACGAAGUGCACGCCGUGGGGCUGUACGGCGCCAAUGGCGGCGGCAUCGGCGACCGCGACAACGUCAUGCACAAGAUGGACAUCAUCACUGGCACCCUGGGCAAGGCCUUCGGCUGCGUGGGCGGCUACGUGGCAAGCACGGCGUCGCUCAUCGACACCGUGCGCUCCUACGCCGCCGGCUUCAUCUUCACUACGGCGCUGCCCCCGAUGGUGCUGGCCGGCGCGUUGGAGAGCGUGCGCGUGCUACGCAGUGCCGAGGGGCAGGCGCUGCGCCGUACACACCAGCGCAACGUCAAGUACAUGCGCCAGCUGCUCAUGGACGCCGGGCUGCCCGUUAUCCACUGCCCCAGCCACAUCAUUCCUGUGCUGGUCGCCAACGCUGCUAAGAACACAGAGAUCAGCAACGAGCUGAUGGCCCAACACAACAUCUACGUGCAGGCCAUCAACUACCCGACGGUGCCUCGUGGCGAGGAGAUGCUACGCAUCGCGGUCACGCCCCACCACACACCGCGCAUGAUGCAGUUCUUCGUUGACAAGCUGGCCGCCGCAUGGAAAAGCGUCGGCCUGGACCUGCGUCCUCACGCCUCGGCCGAGUGCAGCUACUGCAAGAUGCCCAUCCACUUCGAGCUGAUGAGCGCUCGCGACAAGGUCUACUUCAACGGCAUGAGCCGCGCUCCCAGCUCUGUGGGCGUCGCCGCCUAGAGGAGGCGGCUGCCGACCCGACCACCCCGCGGCAGCCCAACGCUCCCCUGGCUUCCCCCACUUAGGGCGAGCCUGGAGUGGCGGUGAAUGGGCGUAGGGGGCGCUCCAGUUUGAAUCGAGGCACAAGCGGUCACAGGAGAGAAAUAUUUAGGUCCGAGAAUACUAAUAUGGGCAAACGGUGAUUUCGAGAUGACACAAUUGUGACUUCAGGGUCAGAACUCCCAUUAUGCCUUGCUUGUUACAUGACGCUCUAUCUUAUUCUGUGUGUACUAACGCACACAGCCUUGUUUUAAACCACCAACUCAAAAAUCACCUUUUGCGUGUAACAUUUGUUUUCGGCCUGCGUACUUCUGUGUUGUUUCUCAUCAGGGAUAGAAAAAAUGUCAGGAUCGGUUUAUCUGUGCAUCUGUUUCCAUCCAGUUUUUUUUUAUUACCGCACUGUCGGGUUAAAUUUGUGUGCACUGUCGAGAAGUGAGUUUGGCAAGUGUAUGCGCUCACUUGUUGUUUGAGAUCAGAUACGCACAUUUUGAUCCGAACAAUUGUGCCAGUCACUAUUGAAAUCACCAUUGGAGAUUGCUUCGCAUUGCUUUUGUGAUCAGCAUCGGGAACUUAUGUCGAUCCAUUAUAUUUUACAGAGGUGGAUCAUUCGGGAUGGGUGCAGAUCACAAAUACAGUCGGGAUUAGCAUGCAAAAAGGAAAUAUCUAUCAAAAAGUGGCUUUUUCUGAUUCGACCGUUUUUUUGUGAAUUCAUAAUGUGGAUGGAAACAGCCAUUUAAUAGUGCACUAUUUAAAUAAAAAUCCAGUAAAUUUCAUAAGUCACUGUAUUAUGUGAUUAUCACAUAAAUAACUACGUGUAUCGGUUAUCUUGUACAAGUAACUUUAUAUCCAUCCUGCUUGGAAACUGACUUAAGUUACAAUGUGAUGCCCAUAUAAACCUUAUGUGGCCCUGCUGGUAACAUCAACUAAAACAAGGAUUGCAGUGGAAUUGUUACAUUAUGUUACAAUUACACAUGUAAUCUUAACAGUGCUCCUUUUUGCACAGCGUGGAGUUUUGACUCUGCAUCGUUGGGAUGCAUUUUUUUUUAAAUAGUGCACUUUGUAAAUGAUCUACAAAAAUCGCUUGUGCCUCGAUUUCAUUUGUUAGUCAAGGAGUGCUUUAGGUUCACUGUGGGGUGGAACUCGUAUAGAUGGGGAAAAGAAAAAAAAGAAAAAAAAUUGUAAAAUGCAAACAUAAAUAAGACGGACCUGCAGUGAAAGGGCAUGUCGUCCCUGAGAGCAGUGAAGACCAGGCGGUGGUGUACACACGUACACGUACAGACAUGCCGGCAAGGCAUUAUGGGAAUCUCUCAUGAUGCAUUGCAGCUGAAACACCCUCACCCAAUUAUUGUCUGUAGUGCAUCCUUGAAAUAUCGUGGGUGGACUCCUAAAAAUAUGGAAGAAAAUGGAAACAUUUUGUCUCGCUUUCCCAAAACUCAAAAAAUUGAAAGAGCACACAAAGCAAUGCUGCCUCGUCAGCUGCAUCUCCACGCCACGCAUAAACCUUACAUGCCAAGCCGGUCACAGCGUAGCACUGUACUUUACAGUGACUACUUUAGUGCAUACCAUUAUACAUUGCAGAAUUGUCUUGUGGUGUAUUUUUUAUUUUUUUUAGAUUGUUUCAUCCAAAAACGCAAUAUAAAUAGCAUUGCAUGCUAUAAUUGGGGACAUAUUUGGUCUCUAUGGAAAUAAGAGGGAUUUUUAUUAAGAAAACAGAAAAACUGGCACACUCCACCUCAGAAUUGGCCCAAUAUGUCAAGGACACACCGUUAUUAUUCGAUGAGAGGUGCACUGCCUCAUGGGCCAGACGUACCACUUCACUGCAGCCGUUUUUCAAUCAAGCGAGCUCGGGUUUAUGCCACCGCGUGGCCAUGCGAGGGCAGGAGAAGGGUCGGAGGGGGGAGGCAGGAAAGUUUUAUGGUUCCCAGUCCCAUUCCGUGAGUUUAAAAAAAAAAACGCUCACCGCCACGGGUGCGAGAGGUCCGUAUCAAAGUUGUGUGCGGUUAUGGCGGGCACAUGCCACCAGCCGGUGUUUAUUGUAGCAGCCAAUAAAAUGCCGAUGGACUGAUGGUGCUGCCCGUUGUUAGACUGAGCCAAGGCCAGCCGUUCACUUGUUGGUACCACCUGAGUUGGCAUCACAGCCAUGGUUAGAAUGUAUUUAUGUGGCCAAUAAUAUUGAAUUAUGGAAUAACCAUUUGAUAUGAGUGGUGUUAUCAAGUAAUUCACCCUCAUUUGCCAUAUAAAUAUUUUGGUACCUUCGAUGUUAACUCUGACUACAUCUGAAAAUAUCAGGCUCUUUAAGAUGAAAAACUUACAUGACAUCUACUCUGCCUCUGACUUCUCGAUUCUGUUGGUGGUCCUUGAGGCCUGAAGUGCAAUUUUUAAUCAAAGGUAAAAUUUGUACUUUGCCAACUCUUUUGUGCAGUUGUUGUCGUCACUUUGGUUUGUAAUGAAAUGAGGUGCUUUUACAGUUGUACGUGUGCAGCCUUAAAACCGUACUUGGUGCAGAAAUUGUUAGGCAAUAAACACAGACUGCAUUGUGCUGUGAAUAAUCAGGGUACCUGAUAAUAUCUCGGUAAAAGGGCCUUUAUGCCACUCAGACCUUACUUUUUUAAUACCCAAGCCACUACAAACAUGGGAAUACUUUUUCACAGCACAUUUUAAAAUUGGCUAAAAUCUAGCAGAAAUAUUUUAAUUGGCAUUGUGUUCUCCCCUUUGUUGUUUUAUAAAAACCUAUGACCAGACAAAUGGGAUACUUUUUUCUCUUAAACUUUUAUACGUUUUUGUUGACGUAAAUAGUUUGAACGGUAGCUGUUGACCAACAGGCAUUGAAAAAUAAGACCAUCGCUGAGAAUGCUACUUUAUUUUUUACUUAAACCCGUUUGCAACCUUCACGUAACAUUUAUAUCCUCACCCUCAUGUAAUAUUGUCCGCCUUGUGCUGCGUGUUGUCCAGUACAUACCUGAACACAUCGGCGAGCCAUACGCCGCACCACUGCAAAAACCUACGCAGUUGUACAACAUGUAGAUUAACCACUAAAAUACCCAUCAAAACAAGCUUGGUCUAUUUUCACUCUUGUCCUGAUCCAGAACUACUUUUUAAGAACACUUUGGAUACCAGCCCAGUAGGGCAAAAACAUUACCCAUUGAGCCGAGAGGGGAAAAAAACCUGAGGUGAGGGUACUUGUCAGGUCACUCCCAACAAGGAGAUGCCAUCCCAGACAUUACAAAACAAUACACAGCUCGAAUUACACACCAGUUUUCCAUUUGUUGCCAGACAAUUAUUGCAUUAAUGCAGGGGUGAGCAAUCUUUAAGGUCUGCAGGCUGGAUAGGCCUCGUGCGGCCCACAGCCACACGAGGCCUUCCAACAUCUGAGCCGCGCUAAUUGAGUACUAGAGGGCGUAAAAUUUUAAAUCUGGUAACACGAUUUCUAAUUUUAUCAUGCUCAAUUACAUGUUGCCUUUUAAAGUAUAUCUGAGCACACAUGCAAUGAAUCCCGACCUAACGUGAUCGCUUUUUUCGUGCGAUCCGAUGAAGGUAUUUGAAAGUCCUAUUCGGCGCUUGAUGAGGACGAGAUUUUCCCCACCCCUGUGUUAGCCACGCGGCUCGUUUCGGUGUUUAUAUUGGGUCCCCCCUGCACCCACAUGCAGCGAUACUAGCAGACCGGCGGCUCUGUGAACUGACCAAGAGUCGCAGGAUCUCGCAUCGAGCUUUCCGAACUUUGCACGUUCAGAUAAUCUGUGUGACCAAAUAGAUUUUAUACUCUGGAUUGAUAGGUGCUUCCUGUUAUAUACAAUUACACAUAUAUAAAGCUAAAUGAUUACAGGUAUGUUUUAAACCACACUUUGUACUUUAUGGCUGGGCAAUCAAUACUCGUUUUGUUGUACGAUGCUUGUAUGGAUCAAUGCUUGUCCAACUGCGCUUACAUGCACAACGUUAAACAGUAAACUUGUGUCUCUGGACAUUGCUGCAAUUGAGCCGAGUUCCCAUCUAUCUGGCUCCCAAUCUGUGAUAGUGGUGCCAUGAGACUUGGGUGUCAUACAACACAGCACUUUGUGAUAAUUGCCCUGCUCUAAUUGUACACUGUGUUAGAUAAGCCAAGCCAGUUUUAAGCUACUGCGUUGGCUGAUUUUUGGAGUGGUGUGUGUUCUGUUGGCGCUUAAGUUUUAAAUAGACAUUCAAAUUGGCCUGAAAAAAAAGGAUGACUUCACUCAACAGAUGAACUUGCCUCUGGAGUCCCAUAGCCACACGGAGCAUAUGAUCAGGCCUGUGAGCACGUGGUCACACCUGUGAGCACGUGGUCACACCUGUGAGCACGUGGUCACGUGUGUGAACAUGAACAAAACCACAAUCGAACAACGCACAUGCAUGGCUCAUAUCGCUCCUAUUACAAUUUUAUUCAUUGCAUUGCCAUCUCCGAGUACAUUACGAAGAAGUGCGUGCGCGUCAAACGAUCAACUUCAGCAUCUUAUACCAACGCUGCAUCAAAAUCACUUUGUCCUGCCGAUGACGCCAGCUUUAACAUGAUACCCCUGUGGCAUUAAUCCGCUGUUCGUUGGUUCAUCCAUCGCCCGUUCUUUUUUUGUUGCCGUUGUUGAGGAAUGCCCCACACAAGUCUGUCUGCCUAUGCAUUGCCCCCGUGCAUGACUGGGCAUUCUGAAGAUGUCAUCACGCCUGAACGCCGCCCCCGGUUUUGAGGGUGCAUCUUAUUAACUUAGAGCAUUGCCAAUUUGUACGGACAUCCCAAUGUGGCCGCCUGCAACAGGGAUAUUGGUUCCACGCGCCCUGUUGUCUUUUGCCAGUGUAACAGUCGUUUAAUGAAAACGACGAUAAUAAUUGCAUUUUGUGGCAGAAAUAUGAUAGUAUUAUCUGUAGCAUUACAGCAUGUUACAACAAAGUAACAAUUGCUGUUUAAGAAAUAUACCAAAUCUAUUUACUAGAGGUGUAACGAUUGCACUUUCUCAUCAAUGUUGUAUCGUAAGCUCACGAUAUAUGCGUUCAAUUGCCUCUGUAAUAGACGUUUUUAAAUGUGCUGUAUUAAUGGGUUCGUGUGACUCCUGCAGCCACUAGUAGCCGCUACAUGGACCACGACGUUGAAAACAAUGUUUUAAGAAAGUCAUUCUCGAGUCGUAUCAUGGAAUUGCGUCAAAAUCGCCGUUGCUGGUGAAUCGUUACACUUCUGCCAAUUACGACGAUGAAUGUGAACAUUAUGCCGGAAUCAUUACAGCUGUCGCUGGCGAGACGGCCGAUAUCGUGAGCAGUCGAGUUGUGACGUGUGGACUGAUGGAGGUGGUGUCGGAGCAGUGGCUGCCCCCCCACUCGGCCACCAGGGAUCUCAAACCCGACGCCCUGCAGCAGA